AGCACCAUUAUAACCUGAAACUAUGAUAUUGGCAUUCAACAACUAUAACAAUCAAUAGAAAAAAAAUCAUCGAGGGGCGUUUUCUAAUCUCCUGACCCACGUAUUGCGCGAGCCGGACUUGAUCAACCACAAGUGAUCUCAUACGGCAAGGUGCAGGCGGUGGGGAGGGAUACAAAAGUAGCACGCUUUAUUUUUACCUUUACCAGGUAGACUUAUUCUGUUAGCGGAUACGUCGAAUGCUUUCAUUGAUGAACCUAAACUGAUUUUACUUGUGAUAUUGGAGAGGUGACUUUUUCUCUCGAUAUUUGAAAUAAUAAUUUAAAAAAAAAACUAAUUUAAAAGUAACUUGGUUUAAAUACAAAGAUAACACGAAGACAUGUCAAAAUCAGCGGAGCCAACCAUAUCUCCAGAGAAAACAGGACAAGACGAGAAGAGAAUGGAACAAAGACAACAUGAAAACUGUGCGGGUCAAAAGGACGAUGAUGAGUUCCAGAUUGCGGCUGAUUUAACUUUGUACGCAAACCCCUUGAGAUGCUUACACACGCACCACAAAAAAACAGAAACUCACUCCGGCAACUCCAGCCAUAAGACAGAGACAGAAGAAGCCGCGGAGCAGGCGGGAGACAUCAUAGCAGCCGAUCUGACCAUGUAUGGGAGCCCUUUAGAUGACAACUGACAUAUCAGCCGAUGGGAGCCCUUUAGAUGACAACUGACAUAGCAGCCGAUCUGACCAUGUAUGGGAGCCCUUUAGAUGACAACUGACAUAGCAGCCGAUGGGAGCCCUUUAGAUGACAACUGACAUAGCAGCCAGAGUUUCUUCCAGGCAUCUCUUCGGGGGGUCGAAGCCCCCCGAAAAUUUUUACCGCCCCCCCCCCCCCCCCCGAACGAAAUGAAAUUUAUAUAAUUUAUAUAGAAAAUAUAUACUUUUAACAGUGUCCGCCCCCCCGAAGAAAGUCUACCGCCCACCCCCCCCCGGAGAAAAAAGUCUGGAAGAAACACUGAUAGCAGCCGAUCUGACCAUGUAUGGGAGCCCUUUAGAUGACAACUGGGAUUUAAAUUCACUUAUUUUCAUGUAUUGAAAAGGGUAACUUUAUUAAGGCACAGUCAACAUAUAAUAAAAAUAUACACGGAAAUUUAUUUGAAAAUAAAAGCAGUGUUUUCUAGACUACAUAGCCUGCAUCAUGGUUUCUGUUUCCUAAAUUACAGUAAGAUAAGGUUAGAGGAAAAACAGACAGCUUAUUGGCCUUGAAAGCUCUAAAUUGUAAAAACUAUUUAUAAUGCAAAAAUGCAUCUAAAAUGACAUUGUAAUUUGUUUUUACAACCCAUUUUGGCGCCCCCUAAGGUCGGCGCCCGGGAACAUAUGUACCCCCCCUGCCCCCCCCCCCUCCCCACAUCGCUACGCCUCUGAUCACUAUUAUUUACUAUUGUUUGUUUUUUUAGCAAUUGCAGGUCAAUAUUUUUUUAACUGCUUAAACUGUGUUUAAUAAUACACUUUUAAAUGAAAAAAAAAAGAUGUAACGCCACACUUUCUUUCUUCGCUAUCGUCACAAAAGUCCUAAGUUUUCUUUAGGUGUGUGACGUCAUUCAAGGUGCUUCAUUAGGCUGGUGCUUUAUUCUUUGUAGCCUGUAGGCUGUGUAUGGCUUGUAUUUGCAUAUCUCUUUGUUUUCUCUUUCUUUCCUAGAACGAUCAAUAAAAAUAAUUUUCCCAGUUAAUGUUUUAAAUUUUCAUUAGCAAUCUUA